CGAUGCAAUUUUCAGCCCAAUCCUCCGAAAACCCUUCUCAGUACUUUGAUUUUUCCUUUUUCCUUUUUCCUGUGCUAAUUAGUGUAUUGAGCUCUUUGGGAAACUAUUCUGUCGAUCCAAAAUCCUAAACACCGAUCGUGGCACAUAAGCCUUAACUUCCUCAGUUCUCCGUCUCCCAUUGCCGUGCGUUGCCUCCUCCCCCUCAGCCACCGACGACGCUAAUCUCUUUCUCUCGCUCGACUUCUUGAUCGAAGAGUGAGCUAUGGUAGGCCAAGAGAAUGUCAAGCAUCUUGAAGACUGCUCAGUGGCCAACGCACUGGGAACAUGGGUUUUUUCAGUAGCAGGGGCUUUACUUGCAAUUCCAGUGGGUAUAAAAAGGAAAUCUCUAGCACCCCUUGUGUUCUUUGGCACAACUGGUACCAUGCUUGAUAUCAUCAUGGGAAUUACUGCCUGUGAAAGAGAACAUGCAGAACGCCAAAUGAAGCUACUAGAAGAUCAAAAUUCUGCAGCUGAUGCUUCUCUUACCGAGACAGUAUCUGAGUCUUGACAUCAAGCUGAUAUUUCCAUAUGCCUCACGUUUGGCAGCUGUCAGUUUGUUCGAUUUGCUUGGCCGUAAAAGACAAAAUACUUCUUCGAUCGUCCUUUGUUGAAAUAGUAUCUCUUUCCUUUGUUUUGAUUUCCA